AUUUAUUGGAGAUGAUAUAUGUCCUUUCAGAAUCACUUCUGUUGAAAUGAUUCAUAACAUUAUAAUUUAUAUUUGCUCUGCAAAUGGCUAUUGUGCUCUAUUCUUUUUUCUAUGGCAAAAACUAAAAUCAUGUUGACUAUAUUUAUCAUGCCCCGAGAUAGUCUCUGAUUCUGAGUCAUAUUGCCUGAAUACUAUUCCUCAUUGAAUCAAUCACCAAUUUGCUAUCCUUUUGGGGUUUGUAUUUGAUACAGGAAACUGAUACUCCCGAGUCGGCAGUUGCAAAGCUUUUUGCAUCUGCUAAGAUGAGUAGCACAGAGUUCCCUCAAUAUGGGAUGCCAAGUCAUUGUUUGCAAAGUUUGCCUUCUGAAGAACAAAUGAAGGCAAUGGCUCUUGAGGUUCAAAAUCUUCUUGUUUCUGGGAAAAAGAAGGAGGCUUUACAAUGUGCUCAAGAAGGACAAUUGUGGGGACCUGCACUUGUUCUUGCUUCACAACUUGGCGAUCAGGUCAGAUAUCAAAAUUUCACAGUUUAAUACUCUGCUGAUAUUUAAUG